CAACUCCCCCAAGCCUCCGCCCCGACGGUAGUACUCUCUUCUUUAUCUACGUACUUUUCUUCCCACCAAAGUUUUCCUUGUCUCUAUACUUUCCCACUUCCUUAAAUACCGUAAAAACACCUCCCCACCUCUCCAAUUCUCUCGUUGUCUCCUUAACGCCAAUAGAAGAGCUCCCUCAUACAUCGUAUUAAUUUCCACUUCCCGAAGGCUCGAUCAUAAUCAAGGAUGUCCGACUGGGGUCCAGUGUUUGUGGCUGUGGUGCUGUUUGUGCUGUUAACUCCGGGCCUGCUUUUCCAGGUGCCUGGGCACAGUCGGUAUGUGGAGUUUGGCAACUUUCAGACCGGCGGUGCAUCCAUACUGGUCCAUUCCCUCCUCUACUUUGCUCUCAUUUGCGUCUUUUUGCUGGCCGUCAAGGUUCACUUGUACCUUGGUUAAUUACUUCAUCGAUCCCCAACCCAAAAGAAAAUGGGUGCAUGCAUGCUUUUCUUCACUUGUUACACGAGCUCAGUGUUCUAGCUACGUGUUUGUUUUAAGUUACCGAGUAAUAAUAUUGAGAUUGCGGGGCUCCUGAUUUCCAUGUUCUA